UCCUAAGAUAAGAUAAAAUAGACUUUAUUGAUACACCACUGGGGAAAUUCACUUGUUUCAGCAGCUCCAGUUACAGCACAACGCAUUAGAUAAGAAAAUCUACAUUACAGACAAAUAAAUAUAAAUAUAAAAAUACAGAUGUGACUGAUGUGGAGCGGUGCACACGUCACAGCAGGAGAUGUAGACAUAAAUAUAAUUUCACAGGACAAAAAAUAAACUUACAGAGGUUAAUGGAUUGUUUUAUUCUAUCUUUGAGUUUAGAUUUAGGGACUGAUGGUGGUUCUUUAAAUGUUUGCCCCCAUUAGAGCAUCUUUAAGGUGUCAUCUUGGUUCCAGAUCCACAUCUCUGACAGUGGUUGUGAAUGAAAAAUAUAAACAAUACAGUAGCUUAUCCUUUCAUUAUCCUUUUGCAUUAUUUACAGCCUGAUAAUGGCCUAAAAAUAAAUUUUAAAAAACUAACAGAACAAGUCAAAUGUAGGUUUAACAUCAAUUUCUCAUCCAUCGAUGCGAUCUGUCAUCCGCUUCCGUCCGAGUUGAGCCUAACUCAAUCGCUGCCCGAGCCGCCGAUCAAAAGGGAAAAGUCCAAUGCGGCUUAAUGUUGCCCCGUUUUUAUUUUCUGCCCUGUCGUUGCCACCAGUUGCUGAAAACUUAAAACGGGAUGGAUGCCGACCUGACUUUCUCCUCUCGUCGGUCUCCGGUGGUGUGUUUACACGGCUGUGCGGCGUCCAGCCAGCCGUUAGCUUCAAGCGUAGGACUGGACAUCUUGAAGCGUGGUGGGAAUGCGGCUGAUGCUGCUGUCGCCAUAGCAGCGGCACUGGCGGUAACAGAGCCGUGCAGCACCGGUCCUGGUGGAGACGCCUUCUGCUUGUUCUACAACGGAGACACUGGAGAGAUCCGAGGACUUAACGGCAGUGGUCGUUCACCAAAAGCUCAGACCCUGGACUUCCUGGAGGGUCGUGGUUACACUGCAGAGGCCCCUCCUCCGCCCUUUGAUGCCUUGAAUAUCACAGUACCGGGGGCCCCUGCAUGCUGGUGUGACGCCAUACAGCUGUUUGGUAGUCACAAGCUGUCCUUGCAGGAGGUGCUGAGUGGGGCGGCGGAGCUCGCAGAGGUGGGGUUUCCUGUUGCUGAGGUAACAGCUCACCACUGGGCGAACUGGGUGGCUGCUCUGAGAGACGCUGGGAAGGAACUAGGUGGAGACCUGCUAAUUGAUGGUCGUGCACCCAAAUGUGGACAAGUAUUCAGAAACCCUGCCCUGGCCCGGACACUGAAGGAGCUGGGCGAGCGUGGCAAACCAGCUUUCUACCAGGGCAGAGUGGCCCAAGCCAUCGUCGAUGUCAUCAACCGAAAUGGAGGAGUUGUGACUCUUGAUGACCUCAGCAGCCAUGACAGUGAGGUCAUCACCCCCAUAAGCACAGAAUACAAGGGUGUGCGUCUGUGGGAGCCUCCUCCUAACAGUCAGGGAUUGGCUGCCCUGCUGCUACUCAACAUCCUGGAGAACUUCCCGCUCAAAGCUGUGGGUCACAACAGCUCUGACUACAUCCAUGUACUGGUGGAGGCUGUGCGCUUGGCAGUAACAGACGCUCUGCGUUACCUGGGCGACCCAGACCAUGUGACCAUCCCUCUGGAAACCUUACUGGACAAGAGUUACAGCAACCAGCGAGCGCAGCGCAUCAGCAUGGACAGGGCCAUGGAAGAAGUGGAGCCUGGCCUGACGACGGGAAGCGACACGGUCUAUUUCUGCGUGAUCGACAGUCAGGGCAACGCCUGCUCGUUUGUCAACAGCACCUAUAUGGGCUUUGGAAGUGGGCUGGUCCCUAAGGAUUGUGGAUUCUCACUACAGAAUCGUGGUGCCAGCUUUUCACUGCGUCGUAAUCACGUUAACUGUGUUGCUGGGGGGAAGCGGCCAUAUCACACCAUAAUACCUGCACUUCUCACAGACACCGCAGCCAAAUCACAAAAACCCCGACUCCUCGCUGCACUGGGGGUGAUGGGGGCUUUUAUGCAACCGCAAGGACAUGUCCAGGUGUUGCUGAACAUGUUGGAGUUUGGGAUGAAUCCUCAACAAGCUCUGGACGCACCAAGAGUUUAUGUACAGUAUGACCACAAAACUGAUCAGUGGUUGGUUAAUCUGGAGGAGGGGGUCGACCAGGAGGUAGCCGAGGAGCUGAGAAGACGGGGUCACAAAGUCAACUGGCCUAUCACAGGCCACAAGAGGUCUCAGUUUGGGCGGGGACAGAUCAUCACAGUCGGGGAUUGGUGGAACCCGUCUGUCAAUCAAGCUGAUCAUCCAUCGGGAGUGCUGUGGGCAGGAUCAGACCCCAGAGGGGACGGAUGUGCUCAGGGAUACUAGACAUACAUCUCCUCUCCUCUUCUCUGUAGAUAAUUUGACCACAAAAGCAAAUUCCUUCAUAUGGGAUUUAGUGCAGAAGUACUAUAAAUAUUUGUUUUUUUACAGGUAAAAACAACUCUAUAACAGUCACAGCACAGCGUCAUAGCAACACAUUGCCCCUUCAUAAAGAUGUUCCUAUUGUAUGUUUACAGUUCACACACACUUUUACUGUAUGAAAUAUGUGAUACACAAGCAGCAGAACGUUGAAUCCCUUUAUAAAGCCAAAACUGCAAAUGUUUGAAUUUAAACUGUACACCUUAUGUCCCUCCACAUCCGCUUGAUUUCAAGCUACUUUUUUAAGUGUGCUAUUUUGUUUGUACAACAACAAAUAGGAAAACAAAUCUUGUGUACCACUACAUUACAUACCAAAGAUGCCCUUCCUCAAAUCUUUGGGUUGAGAUAAUUAUUGGUUUCAGUCACUUUAAUUAGUUUCUGUUUAUCUGGGGUUUGUUAGAAGCGACAACAAUAUCAUUAAAUACUGUAUAUAUACCCUACUUCCUCAAUAAAUGAUAAUUGCUUCUUUAUUCUGGUCGAUAUUUUACAAAACAAAUUGAGUUCAGAUAUUUUAGGAAUGUAAAUCAGUGUUAUAUCUCCAUUCAAGUAUAUUUUCUGCUGUUGUUGGAAACAAAGAGAUUUAAGGAAUCAAGGAAACAGUCUGUAUAUCAAAUUAUCUCUGAAAUAUGCUGGAUGCUAUUCGUGAUUUUCUACAUUUUUAUGAAUGACAAAUAAAUGUAAUUUAUUUUCAA